AUGGCCUCAACUGCCCCGGAGCCGCCGUCUACCGGCGUCGUCGCUUUAGACUCCGCUCGCAGGACACUCUCCGUCAUCAUCGCAGGUGAAAGCAAGCUGACACUGAUCUCAAAAGACCAUGCCACCGACAUUCCCUACAGCACUGACGCCCUCCUUCGCCUCACCAAGCUCCUGCCCAGGAGCAUCAGGACGUUCGACAACAUGAACCAGGUCAGCCAGGUAGCAGACCACUUUCUCCUGCAAUUUUUUAGAAGGAACUCAGCCUACAUCGACGUAGCAUGCGCUCUAUACAAUACCAUUGCCGAGGACUUGAACAGACUGCUUAUCAAAGAAGAGGUUUACCUCGCUAUCUUGGCGCAGUACGGCCGCGUCUUGGUGAAUAAUAAAAUCAGAGACAAGAGACUGCUAAAAGUUCAGGGCGAUGUUGAGUCGUUGUUGGAGAUUAUGCUGGAGAUAGAGCGAGAAGAGGAGCAAUUUUCCGGGGUUGUAUGUUCCUCUGGUCUCGAUCUCAUUGCAGACAGGACGAACCCGACGUCUUCGUCAAGCUCAAGGCAUCAUAGCCAGCCGGUUUGGGCUGACGAGCAGACGAAGAUAUCGGACGACGAGUUGAGGCACCAGCGGUUUAACCGCGACAAUUAUUGUCAGCCGCCAUUGUUGAUUGCUCAAGACCCUCGCCUGAUGACGUUGGUCAAGUUGCGAAAGAAUGGGGAGUUUGUUAGACACGCGCUCUUUGACAAGGGGAGUGAGAGCUGGCCAAAUGAACUUCGUGACAUGUUGUCGCUUACGGGUUUCAGCUUCUAA